UCUGCACCUAACAAGCUUCUCAAGUGAGGAAAAAGUUUUAUGUACGGUUGACACAAUGAUACAGUAGGUGAAGAGGUCACUCGCAUACAUCUACAUUAGAUCUACCCAUCGAUCCAGCAAUAUUACGCUCAUAAAUAAGUUUCAUGAUGUCUGUAACCAUCUCAGUUUGGAAGAUAUUGGUCAACUGCUAAGGGAUGGAUCAGGAACGUCCGUACAACAGCGGCAGCGGCGGCAGCGGGAAGAUAAAGUCGUCGGGUGCUGCAGGAGCAGCUUCGAAGCUGAUCCCACACCUCCCCCGCGACUCCCGCGGCUCACUCGAGGUUUUCAACCCCUCCUCCUUCUCCCCGUCGGCCGCCGCUCGCCCCAGCCCCUCCUCCCCCUUCUCGGCGUGGCAGCAGCCCCACCACGCCUCCCAAUCCCCCGCCGCGCCGCCCCCUCCCGGCGCCGCCGAUGACGGCGACGGCGGCGGCGGCGGCGGCGGCGGGGUCGCAGCGCCAUGGAUGGCCCUCCCCAGAGCUCCUCCGCCUCCGCCGCCGCCGCCGCCGCCGCCGCCGGCGCAGAGGAUAUCGGCGGAGGCGGAGGCGGAGGGGGAGGUGGGGGCGGCGGCGCAGAGGCGGCGGAGUGGGGGCUGGUGCUUGAAGACGGACGAGGAGACGGGGCGCCGCAGGAGGGGGGAGAGGCGGGAUUCCUAG